AUGUCUUUUCGGAUAGAAGAUAGGGACAAGGGGAUUCAGACCUGGUACUCGGUAUAUCUUCAGGGAGUCUCGCUCUACUUUGGUACUAGCUGGACCUCCGGUUCGGAGGUUAAGAUUUUCACGAACUACUGGAACGAUGAGGAUGCGGGGGAAAUAUGUAGAAGAUAUGAUUGCCCGAGAUCGCUGAUGUUGGCGCCUUCUACCCCUCGGUACGUCAGUGCGGGAGGAGACAUACUUGUGCGGUAUGUGCAGUGCGACGACGGAGUGUCACACGCUGGUGUCAUCGCUCGGUGGAAUGAUGUUGAGGCUCUUGCGCGGAACGUGGAGUAUCAGGACGGAACGGCUCACUUGGAGAUCGAACGGGAACUUGCGUUUGUGACGAGCAAAGCGAGGUUUAUAGUUAUCAAGAAAUUUGAAUAUGAAGAAGCUCGAUUCUUCAAACUGAGUGUUGUCAUCGAGAAUAUCCAUUGGGAUGACUGGAAGAAACUCCGUGAAUAUCAACAAGAACGUGAAAAUCUUGUCGAUUUCAUUGUUAACCAUGUCCCUUGUGCAUGGCGAGGGAGCGAACACAUCAUAAAGCAAAUUCCUAAGUCCCCCUGGCAAAACGACAGAAGUGACGUGACCAACGACAUCAGACACGCUGCCCAUGAGUCCUUCCCUCUUGCCUUCAAAUAUGCCAAUGCGCAAAACGAGGCCAUUAAACAGGGUCUCUUUCCAGAUGACUUUCAAUGGGAAUUCCCCAAUCAUCAUGAAAUGCGCGUUGUGCGAUCCCCCUCCGCUCAAACAGACACUCCUCUGCGUGCCCUCAGACUUGACGUACACCUUUAUAGUUCCAUUAUGCCCUUGGAGGAAGUGGCCGGGGUCUACAUCAGAUCCAUCGAUUUGAUGAUAACCCCAAUCACACGCUCCCCAUCCCUCCCCAACAACCUCUCCUCAUGCAAUCUCCGUCUCGACGCGCCCUACGCAGCAUUGGCAACUGCUACAAUCCCUGAUUCUUCGUUCCAAAUCCUCGACAUCUCCACAACUUCGCGGUUGGCCGAACUCGGUAUCACCACUAGCGGUUCUGUGGCGACGCUCAAUGUCAAUCUCGUCCAGAUUACGGCUCCUGUAGCCGGCGAUGUGUUUGCUGCUCCCAUUUACGGUGGGAACAACGGAGGGCGGCACAACACAAACAGUAUCGCGGUCCCGCGAAAUCCGCCCCCCGCGAGCCGUACAGACACUGGAUAUCUAUUUAGCCCGCUUUCGUUUCAGGCCGGUCUUUACCAAGCAACAAAUCUGAGGAGGGUCUGGCCUCUUCUCAAUCGCGAAGCGAAGGAAUGGCAAAGGACUCAAGAGCGAAGUAUCAUGCUGCAUAACUGUGCGAUAGAUUGA